GAACAAGAAGAACUAGGAAGGUACAAGUUCAUGUCCAUAUUAUUGGAGGGACAUAUACUGCACAAAAGGAAUUUCCACACAUGGUGGCCUUGGGAUACGGAAGAAAAACAGAACCGCAAUGGUUAUGUGGAGGAAGUCUCAUAAGCGACGAAUACGUCAUUACAGCUGCACACUGCUUAUCAGCUGAAACUUUAGGCGACAUCCAGUACGUCAGACUGGGCACCACUACCCUCCAAACGGAAACCCUGGAAUCAGAGGACCAUGACGUGAUCGCUCGCAUCCCUCAUCCAGACUACAUAACUGGCAAGCAAUACAACGACAUAGCCUUGCUGAGGCUGGACCGCGCCGUCGAAUUCAACGAGUUCAUCGCCCCCAUAUGCCUCACGGCGUCCAGAGACCUCACCUACUCGAAGCUGGUGGCUACAGGGUGGGGCAAACAGGAGUCUGGCGGGGUCAGCAAGGAGCUGCAGAAGGUCGAGCUGGACUACGUGCCACGAGACGUGUGUCAGAGGGGCUACAAUGGGAUAUCGCUGGAAGAGCUGCCGGACGGUAUCAGGGAGGAAUCGCAGCUGUGUGCGGGAUCCUUGCAAGGGGCAAAGGAUACGUGUCAGGGUGAUUCUGGAGGACCUCUCCAGUUGCAACAAGAUGGGAGGAUGUACUUGAUAGGAAUAACUUCUUUCGGCAUCGGAUGUGGGAGACCUGAGAGUCCUGGAGUGUAUACGAGGGUAUCUUACUACAUACCAUGGAUUGAAAGCAUAGUAUGGAGACAAUGAUGUUCUCUAUUUUUGUUGAGAACAUAAUAUGUUGUACUCCUCCUACAACCAUUCUGAUUAUGUAUUGAAGUCCAAAUAACUUAUAUCCCAACGAAUAAAUAAAAUACUAAAA